AUGGACAAGCCUUUGAAUCCAAAAGCUCCCCCUUUUAUCUCUAACACGACCAUACUCACCAACAAUUUCUACUGUAAUUAUAUUACUCCCCAUGGUUAUUUUCAUCAUCUCAAUCCACCGUCUCCGGUGGUGCUUCCUCCCCUACCCGUGAAUCUAUACCCAACUCUUCAGCCGUUGGAGAUAGGGAAAAUCCGUAGCCCUAGUCCCCGACGGGCAGAAAAGGCCGUUUGGGUCAGGAAGGGUUCUGAGCCGGCCGCUACAACGGCGGCGGUGGUAGCUUCGGAUGAGAGGACUCGGAGCUCGAUCAUACCUUUUCCUGAAGAUUUUUCUGAUCUUCAAAGGUCUAACAAUACGACGGUGAUGGUAAGAAAUAUUCCGAAUCAUUUCAGACGGCGUGAUUUGAUUCACAUACUGGACAUGCACUGUCAAUCGUCUUGCUCCAAAUACAAUUUUGUAUAUUUGCCGAUGGAUUUUAGCAAAUGCUGGUACGGCAAGAAAAUUGCUAAUCUAGGUUAUGGUUUUGUGAACUUCACCUCUACUGAGGGAGCAUGGAGAUUUUUUGAAGCUUUCAACCACUUUAGCUGGUCAUUUUAUGGAAGCAAAAAAGUUUGUGAAGUGACAUUGGCUAAAAUCCAGGGGCUUGACUGUUUGAGGGCAUCCUUCGUGACAAAGAAUUUCUACUGUAAAUCUAAAGAUUUCCUCCCGAUAAUGUUCGAACCAGCCCGUGCCGGACCAUCGUUUUCAGGCCGAAGAAUUAAUAUUGGGAGGAAGGUGGAAGCCUGGCCUCGCCACCCCAUGAGGUCCACUACACCAGCACCAGUGCAGAAAGGUUGA